AUGGACCAACCAAAGGUCAUCGACGAUGAAAAGCAGCCCUACGUUGCUCACGACAUAUUCGUCGCGGGUAAUAACACACCGUCGUUAUCCUCAUACUCGUCCCAUCCGUCGUCUCGCACUGCGUAUGACGCUCACAGCCAUCAUGCCAACGAGCAACAUGACUCGACUACGGGCCCGAAUUUCGACUUUGACCCUCCUGAUGGCGGAUGGAGGGCUUGGUCUCAGGUCCUUGCCGCCAACCUCGCCAAUGCUGUAUCCUGGGGCUACGCUGCUACAUUUGGAGUAUACCAGCUGUAUUAUGUUGACACAAUGGGCCUAGAGGCAUCACAGGUAUCUUGGAUUGGGUCAGUCCAGGUAUUUCUUGCAUUUAUUGUCUGUGGCCCAUCCGGCCGCAUUGCCGAUGCUGGCUACGCCCACGAGAUUAUCAUUGUGGGCUGCUUCUUCGUUGUGCUGGGCUCUUAUAUGACGAGCUUUUGCUACGAGUAUUGGCAAAUCAUGCUCGCCCAAGGGGUUUGCACGGGGAUUGGUCUCGGCGUCAUUUCUACACCUGCCGUCGCCAUCACCAGCUCGUACUUUAGCACACGCAGAUCACUGGCGCUGUCCAUGUCAGCCAUGGGAACCUCCGCGGGGGGUGUUGUCUUCCCGGCGAUAGUGCAGUACCUGAUUCCUCAGGUAGGGUUUAGCUGGGCUACCCGAGUUGGUGCUCUGGUUGCGCUCAUAUUUUGUAUAGGAGCCUGCGUGCUCCUGAAGCCGUACAUCCCGGGGCGGAAAUCGGGCCCCUGGGUUGAGUGGGCAGCUUUCAAAGAGAUCCCUUAUGCAUUAUUUGCCGCUGCAGCGUUUUUGAACUUUUACGGCAUGUACUUUGGACUUUUUUAUAUUAAUAGCUUUGCGCGCAACGUCAUUGGAUUUUCGUCUGUCGAAUCUGUAAGCUUGCUGCUGAUUACGAAUUCCAUCGGCCUCCCGGUCCGACCGAUUAUAGGAUAUGUGGCAAAUACGCAUGUUGGACCGAUUAAUGUUUUCAUCAUGGCCACUGCGUUUGUAGGCGUCAUGCUGUUUAUUUGGACGACGAUAACUACACGGGCGAGUAUGUACGUGUUCAGUGUCUUUUACGGCCUGGCUGUCAGUGCCAAUCAAAGCACCUAUGUUCCAUCACUGGCGAGUUUGACUCGGGAUCCGCAAAAGAUGGGGAUCCGAUUCGGCAUGAUCGAAACAUUAUGCGCUUUUUCUACCCUAGCCGGCCCUCCUACGGCGGGGGCAAUCAUUGAUCGAACGGGCAGUUAUGCCUUGGCUCAGAUUUGGGGCGGAUCAGUAAUGCUGGCUGCUGCAUUAACUCUGGUGGCGUCGCGAGUAUCUAUUACCGGCUGGAAGUGGAAAGUCUUGAUAUGA